AUGUAUAAAAAAGCAGCAGAAUUUUGGGCAGAUUUGCGAGUGGAAUUGCUGUCAGCAAUUGCUUUUCUUAAAGAAGAAGAUAGAGCUAAUUAUAGUCAGUUGUGGAGAUUGUACUGGUCAAGUCAUCAGCGUUUCUUUAGACACAUGUGCAUGUCAGCUAAGGUACCUGCUACUGUGAGACUAGCUAAGAAAGCAUUAGCUGAAGAUAAGUGUGUGGUCGUGGGCCUUCAGAGUACUGGAGAGGCUAGGACUGAAGAAGCCGUGACAAAAUAUGGUGUUGAACUUGAUGAUUUUAUUUCGGGGCCUCGGGAGCUGUUGCUGAAAUUUGUGGAAGAAAACUACCCUUUGCCUGAGAAGCCAGAACCCCUCACAGGAGAGGACAGUGUAAAGGAACUUCAACGAAAGCGGCAUUCAGCAUCUCCUGGUGUUUCAUUAAAAGGGAGAGUUAGGAAAGCUGCAAAAUGGAAACCUGCAAGUGAUGGUGAAAGUGAUGAAGAAUCUGACUCUGAUUCUGUGCAUGAAUCUACUGAAUCUGAUGAUGAGUUUCAGAUCUGUGAGAUAUGCAGCGGAGAGGAGGAAAGGAAGAAAUUGCUCCAAUGCUCAUGCUGUGGUCAACUGGUCCAUUCUGGAUGUUUAGUCCCACCUGUCCCGGAUUUAGUACCCAGUGAUUGGUCAUGCCAUUCUUGCAAGAAAAAAACAGAUGAAUAUCUUAAAGAACAACAUAUUUAUCAGACACAAAUGUUGAAGAGGUAUGAAGAGGCUUUGGAACGUAAGUCACAAGUUUUGGAUAUAAUUCGUUCGUUGGAUCUUCCCAAUAAUCCUUUGGAUGAUAUUAUUGAUCAGCUUGGGGGUCCUGAUAGGGUUGCAGAAAUGACAGGGAGACGAGGCAUGCUUGUAAGGGCCUCUAGUGGAAAAGGUGUAACUUAUCAGGCACGAAACACAAAGGAUGUCACCAUGGAAAUGGUCAACAUGCAUGAGAAGCAGCUCUUUAUGGACGGGAAGAAGUUGGUUGCAAUCAUAUCUGAAGCUGGAUCAGCUGGUGUUUCUUUACAAGCUGACAGAAGGGCAGAAAAUCAGAAAAGAAGGGUUCAUAUAACAUUGGAACUUCCUUGGAGUGCUGACAGAGCUAUACAACAGUUUGGAAGAACUCACCGAUCAAAUCAAGCUUCAGCACCCGAAUAUAGGCUAAUCUUUACUAAUCUUGGUGGAGAGCGUCGGUUUGCAUCCAUUGUAGCCAAGAGAUUGGAAUCUCUUGGAGCCUUAACUCAGGGAGACCGCAGGGCUGGACCCUCCUUGAGUGCUUACAAUUAUGAUAGUGCUUUUGGGAAGAAGGCCUUGACGGUGAUGUAUAAAGGAAUAAUGGAGCAGGAUCAUCUGCCAGUUGUACCACCUGGAUGUUCAUCUGAAAAACCAGAAACCAUUGAAGAAUUUCUGACGAAGGCAAAAGCUGCUCUUGUGGCUGUUGGAAUAGUUAGGGAUACAGUUCUUGGUAAUGGAAAGAUAUCUGGUCGUAUAGUUGAUUCAGACAUGCAUGAUGUUGGACGUUUUCUAAACCGGCUUUUAGGAUUGCCACCUGAGAUUCAAAAUAGGCUGUUUGAAUUGUUCAUCGGCAUCUUGGAUCUUCUUGUUCAGAAUGCACGCAUAGAAGGGAAUCUUGAUUCUGGGAUUGUUGAUAUGAAGGCUAACAUUGUUGAAUUACAAGGAACUCCCAAGACUGUUCAUGUUGAUAACAUGUCUGGGGCAUCAACAAUGCUCUUUACUUUUACUCUAGAUCGUGGAAUCACGUGGGAGUCUGCAAGUGCCAUGCUUGAAGAGAAACAGAAGGAUGGGCUUGGUUCGCCAAAUGAUGGUUUCUAUGAAUCUAAAAGAGAAUGGUUGGGGAGGCGUCACUUCAUUUUAGCAUUUGAGAGUGCUUCAGCUUCUGGAAUGUUUAAAAUAGUCCGUCCUGCUGUUGGGGAAUCAGUAAGGGAAAUGACUCUGUCAGAAUUAAAAAACAAGUACAGAAAAAUGACCUCUUUAGAGAAGGCUUGUAGUGGUUGGGAAGAUGAAUACGAAGUUUCAUCCAAACAGUGCAUGCACGGGCCCAACUGUAAGCUUGGCAACUUCUGUACAGUUGGCAGAAGAAUUCAAGAAGUUAAUGUUUUGGGUGGCCUUAUUCUUCCUGUUUGGGGCACUAUCGAGAAAGCCCUUUCUAAGCAGGCCCGCCAAAGUCAUAAGCGGCUCCGGGUCGUGCGAGUGGAAACCACCACAGAUAGUAAGCGAAUCGUUGGGCUUUUUGUCCCCAAUGCAGCAGUUGGAACUGUGCUACAAGAUUUGGCAUGGGUUCAAGAUCUCGAUGAUUGAGAUGUGCAUAUGCAUGUGGAGCAUUGUAUUUAUGUUUUGACUGGUGAUUAAUGUAACAAAACCUAUAUAAGUGCCGGAACAUACCCAGAAAACCAGCACCAGCCUUUUUACGGAAAGAACAAAGAGGAAGUUAUUUAGUGAGUGCACCAUGGAAGGGAAUUGUGCAGUCUGAUUCAUAUUGAUUUUUUGCCGUCGCUCCAUUUUUUUUGGCAUAUAAUUUUUGUAUAUUAUUAUAACAUAAUAGUGUUACCCAAGGCCAAUGACAAAUAAUAGGAGGGUACUAUAUAGGCUGUAGUUCUUUACUUGAACGUGUCCUUGUAUAACUCAUGCUGAUGUUUGUUCAAGUUAUAGCUGCAAUAGAAAUCUAAUUUUUGCUCUAAA